CCUAAACCUGCCUAGUUUGCCACAAUUAAAUACCAUUUUGUUUCACCAAUACGGAAAAAAAUCUUCAUAUUCACAAGUUUAAUAAAAUGGAGGCGAAGACUUUUGGGCUCUUCUUUUUGCUGCUCAUUGUAUUGGCUUCACAAAAUGGAGGCGUGGAAGGUAGGGUGUGCAGAUCGCAGAGUCACCACUACAAGGGUUUAUGCUUGCGGGAUCACAACUGCGCUAUAGUUUGCCGGACCGAAGGUUUCUCCGGCGGAGACUGCGUCGGAUUCCGCCGCCGCUGCUUCUGCAGCAAGCGUUGCUAAACAUAAUAAUAAGAAAAAUUUGUAUUUUUAGUCCUUCAGUUAUACCAUGGUACAGAUUUAGUUCCUGAGUUAUGCGUGACCAUCUUUAACUCUUGAAAGACCAAAUUAGUCACAUUAUUAAGUGACAAAUUGGUGGUAGAAAUAGUUCUCGAUGGACUAAAAUCGUCAUUUCGUGCCUAACAUAAGCAUUAAAGAUGAUCACGCAUAUAAUUCAGGGCUAAAUUUGUACUAGGAAUAUAACUGAAGAACAAAAAAUGUGAUUUUACAUGAUGAUGAUGAUGAUGAUGAUGAUGAUGAUGAUGAUGCAUGUUUAGUUUAAUCCUGUCGUUCGGCCUGCUGGUUAAUUACGUAUUUGUGGCCUGGGCAUGCAUGAAGAAUAAAUUUUGAUGACGUAUUUGUGGCCUGGGCAUGCAUGAAGAAUAAAUUUUGAUGGCCACCUUUAAUUUGAUUGCCAUCUUACCAAUCUUUUAAUUUUUUAAGGGGUGGGUGUCAUCUUUUGACUUUAAGUUGUCGCGUACUGGUACAGCUUUAAUUUGUACCCGGCCUCACUUUUGGUGCUUUCUUAGUUCUGGUACUAUAUAUGCAACUCAAUUUCUCCCACUUUAUGAACUGCCCCUUUUCAUAAUAAUAAUAAUAAUGCAGUGUCACAUUCC